ACUGCGUGCCUCGUCUUUGCACGGUGAAACGUAACGGGCACUACGUGAGCGCGCUUGCUGGUUGCACGGGCGCAGGUGCUCUCUCCUGAAGGGACUCCCAAAGAUGUCUACUCAAGGCCAUACCUGGGCCCGACAGGUGAAGGAGGGUGAAGAAGAGGACCCACUGGACCAGAUGAUCUCCCGCUCUGGCUGUGCUGCUUCCCACUAUGCAGUGCAGGAGUGUAUGGCUAAGCACCAGGACUGGCGACAGUGCCAGCCACAGGUGCAGGCCUUCAGGGACUGUAUGAGUGAACAGCAGGCAAGGCGUCGGGAGGAGCUACAGAGGAGGAAAGAGCAAGGCAGUGCCCACAGCUGAGACCCCAACCACUUACCUCAGAGGAUGGCCUGAAGAAACCAGCACCCAGAGAGAUCAUGGGAGGAAGAAAUCCUAAACUGGAACUGUGGGCCAAGAGGUAUAAAACUUGGGGAUAGUCUUUUGGGACUGAGGUUGAGAGCCAGGCAGCCAUGGGUUUGGACAUGACUGCCAUAAAGAGCUGUUGUAUUUUCAUGGAGAGAUCCCACACAUCCUCACCCAUCUUAUUCCACAAAUGUGAAAUACUGAUCAACAUUUGCUAUGUAAAACAAAGUGGGGUUGAGAGAUGCUCUGUUACCCUACGUCUUGGGUCAGUGUGCCAAGUACUGAGCUGAAUACAUGGACAUUGAAUUUUAAAAGUAUAUUUACAAUCUAAAGGUAAAUUGGCUACCUAAUCAGGUGUUCAUUUAUUCAGUCUUUGGUUCAACAACAAGUUUUGUGAGAACUCAUGUUCUAGGCACUGUUGGAAGCUGAUGUGAUGAAUAAUAUCUCUGUCUUCAUAUUGCUUAGUCUAGUUUGAGAGACAGAAAUAAAACAACACUGGAACAACUAAUUCCUGACAGUGAUAUAAAUGACUUUAUCUUUC